AUGUCAUUUGUUCUACCUGGUAAUCAAAUACAGGUCAAAUCAGCGAAUGUUGUGCUUGGUCCCAAUGUGGAUAUUGCACCUGGCAGUAUAAAUGAAACAGUCCUUACACCCACUACUGCAGGUAUGUUGAAGGUGAAAAAGGCUAAUCCCCAGUCUUCUCUUUACUACGUCGAAUCAAAUACCAAGCGAUAUGUGCCACAAAUCAAUGAUUUCGUCAUUGGCGUUCUUUUUGGUGCCUUUGGAGAAUAUUUCAGAAUUUCACUCAAUAGUUUCAGUCCUCCAGUGCUCCUCAAUCAGUACAGCUUUCCUAAUGCCUCAAAAAAGAAUAGACCUCGUUUGUCCAACGGUGAUCUAGUAUAUGCUCGUGUGUCAGCUGUUGAAAGAAAUGUGGAUGUUGAACUUAGUUGUAUAGAUGCAACAACAGGAAAAGAAGGUGGGUUUGGUGUUCUUAGCGAUGGGCUCGUUUUUGAUGUUAAGUUGGCCUUCGCUAGAUACCUACUCUUCAAUUCUGACGCCGAGAUUUUCACCCAGCUUGUGAAACGGUGUAAGUUUGAGAUAGCCAUCGGCGUUAAUGGCAGAAUAUGGAUCAAGACCGAUGAUAUCAAGACUACUAUUGCGUGUGUAAAUGUCAUCCGUAACAGCCAGAAUUGGACUAAAGAGGAGCUUCCCGCAAAGAUCGAAGAUACCUUUAAGGUCCUUAAGACAAAUUAA